CAUAUUGAAGCGAUUCAAGAUUCGACAGUACAAAUUCCAAAUGUGAUAUGGAAGAUGACGAGGCUGACCCAUUAUAUCUUCCCAAGUGGUGUGGCGACAUGGUUAAUGAGCUGAAGUUGUCCAAUCUUCACCGCUUGCAGACACUAGUGAACUUCCCUGCAAACAAAUGUGAUGUAAAAGAUCUUCUGAAAUUGACUAAACUGAGGAAACUGGUGCUCAAUGACCCAGCACAUUUCAAAAGUUUAGUAGAAAUUUUCAGUCCCCCAAAUGAUGUCACAUUAAGAAGCCUUCAGUCCAUGUCCUUUAAAAGUGACACACUUGCAUUCCCCGAUGAGGUAGUAGAUGUCAGGCAACUGCUGUCAAGCUGUUCAGCUCUUCAGAAGUUUCAUGUGGAAGGACGAAUAGAAAAGCUACCAGAAUACCUUCAGUUCCCUCCAAACAUUGCCAAGUUAACUUUAUGGGGUUCUGAUCUUGUGGAAGAUCCAAUCCCAAUAUUGGAGAAGAUGCCUAACUUGAGAAUUCUGAGCGGAUGGCAAAUGUUCAUGGGGAAGAAAAUGGUCCUAAACUCAGAAGUCUACUGCUUCGUGGCUUGAAGCAUUUUGAGGACUGGAUGAUGGAGGAAGGAGCUAUGCCGAGUCUUUAUCGAUUGGAAAUCUCAAAUUGCAUUAAACUGAAGACAAUUCCUGCUGCAGUAAGUUCUGUCAAAACUCUUCAGGAAUUGGAGAUAUGCGGAUGCCUAUUCAAGAUCAUAGAAGAGGACUUUUACAAAGUCCAACAUGUGCCCUCCGUUGUGAUUCGGAAUUGAGGUUAUUUAGUGUCAAAAGUGUGAUGAUCCUCAGGUUUUGCUGCUUUACUGGAAGGCCAACUGAUAAUGCAGUUACAGACCAAGUCACCACAAGAUAGCUGCUAUUUGUAAAAUAUGAAACUUCAUAAAUGAGUGUGUUGAAAGAGUUGCAUCACUUUGUUUGUUUUCUAUUUCAAUCAUACUAUAGGCGUGAUGGCCUAGCCUCCCUUCCUAAGGUUACAGCCAUCAAAAAACA